AUGGCUUCUUUUGUGGUUAUUCUUGGGUCUUUCACGUUGAAGUUGCUAGUCUCAGAAGGCUCUUCUUCUUGCUACCCUCGACUCAACAGGUUUUCUUCGCCAUUGACGACCUCUCCAUAUUCCUACAUUUUAUGUAACUUUGCUUUCCUUUCAUCCCCUCCCCACCCACCCUUCAACUCUUCUUCAGAACCGAAAACUCCGCCAGUCCCCAACGACAAUGACACGCGACCGCAUUCGGUGACGGACGAUCGAGAGCUGAUGCGUCGUGCCGCGAGUAUCCUCGAAACCUCAUGCAAUCCAACCCCAAAGGUGGCCUUCAUGUUUUUAAGCCGGGGAUCACUGCCUUUAGCACCUCUAUGGGAAAAGUUCUUCAUGGGACAUGAAGGCCUUUAUUCCAUUUACAUCCAUACAUCCCCUGAAUUCAUUGACGAGCCACCAACAACCUCAGUGUUCUACAAGCGCAAGAUACCAAGCAAGCCUGUCCAUUGGGGAACUGCAUCAAUGGUGGAUGCGGAGAGGCGGCUGUUAGCCAAUGCGUUGCUUGAUUGUGCCAACCAAAGAUUUGUGCUACUCUCGGAAGCAUGCAUCCCGCUAUUCAACUUCACCACAGUUUACAACUACCUUAUCAAAUCCAGGCAAAGCUUCAUCGGUUCCUUUGAUGAUCCGAGGGUAACCGGCCGUGGCCGUUACAACAAGCGGAUGUGGCCGACGGUGUCAUUAGCCAAUUGGCGUAAAGGGUCGCAAUGGUUCGAGGUUAAUCGAAAUCUUGCCGUCGAAAUAUUAUCCGAUGAAAAGUACUAUCCCAUCUUUAGAAACCAUUGCAUUCCUCCAUGUUACGUCGAUGAACAUUACGUGCCAACUCUUGUCAACAUAAUGUCACCGGAGGUCAACUCAAAUCGGAGUAUUACUUGGGUUGAUUGGUCUAAAGGCGGUCCACACCCCAAACAAUAUGUGAGAAAAGAUGUAUCAAUGGCAUUGUUGAAUCAAGUUAGGAAAGGAUUUAAUUGUACUUAUAAUGGUCAUACAACCUCAAUGUGCUUCCUCUUUGCUAGGAAGUUUCAUCCGAGCACACUAGAGCCAUUGCUUAGGUUAGCUCCGGCAUUGCUGGAUUCAAUGAAUUAAAAGUCGAAAUGGAGGUCAAAUCGGUAUGACCUUCAAGCCAUUGAUUUUGAAUUGGAUUAUUCCAUUAAGAGUAAUUUUACACUGUUGGUCAUUUAAAUAUAACUUGUUUCUAUUUUA